GGAUUCCAGUGGAAAAAUAAUCGAUGGGAUGCUGAUUGGAACUCUAACUAACUUUGGGUCAUACGACGAGUGUGUAGACACUACGGUGAAGAAUAACCACGGAGUUGUUCUCAUGAGUGGUCAAUAUUGUAGCAUCAAAUUCAGACCACCUUUGCCUUCCAGUAAUGGAAACUUCAAAUUAGGAGAAAUCCCAUACAUGUUAAGGAACAUUUCGCAAAAGGGAACGAUUAUCAGUGAAUUUGCAAAACAUGCUACGAUUUUCAAAGUAUUUCCAAUGCAACUCGGUAUUUGUGUUCCCUCUGGAUGUGAAGUAGAAGAUAUUGAGAAACUUACAAAACUAGUAAGCGAUUUUAUCUACUUUGAUACAUCCGUUUCAAGAUGCCAAAUGAAAGAAAAGUUGAAGUUAAACAAAGCAGAAAUUAUCUCAAUAGUUAUUUGCGUCAUUUUCGGAAGUCUUGUGUUCGUUGGCACAUUUAUGGAUGCUUAUUCUUCUAAGAUGAAAGUGAUUUUUACUCAUCGAGGAGCUCAAGUUCUGAUGGCCUUUUCCUAUCAUCGAAACGUAAAAAAAUUGCUGCAGACAGACAACAACUCUGGAGUUUUAGGCUCCUUACAUGGAAUUCGAUUCCUCACUAUAGCGUGGAUUCUGUUAACGCACACUUAUUUCCUUCUAUAUUUUCCUUCAGUAGAUGGUUUGACUAAAAUUGAAGAUUAUGGAAAAAGUUUCGCUUUCCAAGCAAUAAUAAAUGGGACUUAUGCUGUUGAAACAUUCUUUUUUAUUGGAGGUUUACUGCUUUCUUAUAUCUUAGCUUCAAAGGGUCAGCGAACCAUCAACAUAGGUUAUUACAUAUUACACAGGAUUUGGAGGAUUCUUCCACUAAGCACUGCUGCUAUUAUGUUCAUAAUUUUAGUUAGACUGUUCGGUUCUGGACCUGUUUGGCACGAAAGUAUUGAUGCGUAUCUAGAAGACUGCUAUAACAACUGGUGGAAAAAUCUCAUAUUUAUCAACAAUUUCCAUAAACCAGAAAACUCGUGUCUUCCUCAUACGUGGUAUAUUGCAUGUGACAUGCAGAUGUAUAUAGCUGCUCUUAUUAUACUGUUACCGCUUUUGAAGUGGCCAGUUGCGGGCUUGUUUCUUGGGUUCUUAGGUCUUUUUGGAAGCAUAUUUUACUCUGGCAUAAAUACCUAUAUUAGAGAUUUACCACCAACAAUGCUGCUUGUUGAUCCUGAUCCAAGUCAUUACAAAUAUUACUGGAAUGUGCACUUUUUCCAACCUUUCCCUCACGCCGGAAGCUACUGCAUUGGAAUAUUAGUUGGCUACCUCUUAGCAACGAAACCAAAACUGAAAAUGUCUUGGAAGGUACAAGUUCUGGGUUGGUGUCUUUCUUUCAUUUGCUGCAUUUCUACACUCUUUGGAGCCCAGAAAUGGAACUCAGGAGAAGCCUACACUACCACAGAAGCAGUUGCCUACGCUAGUCUCAGUAAACAAACGUGGGCAUUGGGCAUGGCUUGGGUGGUGAUUUGCUGUGUCACGGGACAUGGAGGAAUUGUGAACACUAUUCUGUCAUGGAAGGCAUUUGUUCCCUUAGGACGCUUAACCUUCGCGGUAUACUUACUGCAUCCGAUAGUACAAGCAGUUUUCAUGGGAAACAAAACUACGCUGACUCAACCAGAUCAUUUCAUAAUAGUGUAUUAUUUCUUUGGACAUCUUAUUGUGACUUUUGUUCUGGGUGCUAUCAUCAGCAUGAUAUUUGAAGCUCCUUUCAUGAACUUGGAGAAGAUUUUAUUUUUCCGUUCUGAAAGCACCGUGGCAGAGAAGGCUACGGAUGCUCUUAAAGGGUCUCUACAGACAGAUAAAAAUGGAUCCAUAUCUACUGUUGUGCCAACUGACAUAAAUGAUGCAAAAAUAAAUGAAACAAAUGGUGAUAUAGUGUACAAAUUAUGAAGUAUGGAAUGUUAUAAAUAAUUUUAUAAGAACUUAAUGAUCAAAAAGUGUUUAAUUUUUGGCGAUUUUUUGGUUGUUUUUAAUGUUAGUCACUACUCGAAACAAUAAUUACUUUAACUUUGUGAAAUGUAUUUUUCAGUAAAUUAUAAAAAGUCGUUUUCUGCAUGUAUCUUUUCUUGGAUACAUAUACUUUAAUUAGCAGGAAUCCUUUGUUUAUGUUUCAAAUUACAAAUUAGAAUAGAUUUUUCAGAUUAGAAACGAAGUCAUUUUAGUCAUUAAUGAAUUAAAACGAUAUUUUUGUAUCCCUUUGUCUUUGUAAAAUAAAAAAGAAUUUUAUGUUACCUUUAUGCUUCAAUUUAUCAAUACUAAUAUGCGGGAAAGAAGAUUUAAGUAUCUGCACAAUGUUUUUACACGAAAUAAAUUCGUAUUUUGUAGAAUCAAGGAUGAUUAUAAAUGGUUAGUUAUAAUAUUUCGUGUGAGAUUAAUUAAAAUAUUCAAAACUAAACAUGCACUUAUUAAUGACAUUAUAACUGAUAUAAUGUUGUAAGGUCAUUACUUAAAUUUAGCCAAGUAUUAUAAUUUAGAUCUUACUAUAUCUCCUUACCGUUUUCCUCACUAGAGUGUAAAUGAGUUAGCUAUUAUUUAAACUAAGCUUUUUGGAUUUUAAUAAAGAGCGUAUUUCUGGCCUAGGCGUGCACGUUAUGUUUACUUCCUGUCAGCUCGGAUAGCUUUAGUUAUUCCGUUAUCGAUAAUUUUAUUUUGACACUCCAGUUACAAUAACUGAGAAGGCUUAGAGUAAAAUUUAGCUGUGCAGUCUUUCAUUACUGUUCCAGUUUUAACUUGAAUUCGACUGUUUUGUUUAGUACUUCACCACGAGCUGCGACUGAUAGUGUCAGCACAUGAAAGUGCGGUUAUAUUCUGACCUCUGUUUAAAUAAAACAUUUUUUAAACCUU